UCCACUUCUAUCAAGAGUUCUCCAAGAAGAACACAAACACUUAAAACAUUCAACUCGUUUCCCUAUAAUCUAAACAUGGCUUCUCCCGAGCAAUCAGAGAGAAACUCCCCUGAAAAAAGCAGUGUGUCCAAGAAAGUUUCAGAGAUCUGGGCACAAAUGAACGAAGGAGUACCAAACAAACGAUUCAAUUUCGUCUCAAAGACCUCAAAAUCUCCCCCACCCGCUAAAAAAUCACCUAACAGCUACUUGAAAAGUUAUCUUGGCAUUGAAGCAAAGAAGAAGCACGAAGUUGUAGAAAAAGAAGAUAGCGUUUUGGUUAGUAGCUGUAGCGAGGAGGCUAAGCGUAUUGCUGCAGCUGCUCUAGCUGCUGUUAGAAACGCAACCGCAACUGCUGCUGCUGCUUCGAGCCGUGGCAAGGUUGAGAUAACAGAGGUUAAAGACUUUGCUGGUCAAGAAAUCGAAGUGAAGAGGUUAGUGGAAGCAGGUUCAAAGGAAGCCUCCUCCUCAUCCUCCUCUUCAGGGGUUGAUGCCGUUCUUGAACAGAUAAAAAAGAAACAGAAGCUGAGUGUUUUGGACAAGACGAAGAAAGACUGGGGAGAAUAUAAGGAGGAGAAUAAAGGUGUUGAAGAUGAGCUGGAUAAGUAUAAGAAGAGCUCUGACAAGUAUCUUGACAAAGUUUCUUUCUUGGAGAGAGCUGAUUAUAGACAGUUUGAGAAAGAGAGAGACGCUCGUUUAGCUCUUCAGUCCAAGAGAAAACUCGAUGGUGAUGACUGAUUGUGAAAGACUCUUCUUAUUAUUAUGUUGUAAGUAUUCUUGUUUUCUGGUGUGUAGAAAAGUAAACCUUGUGGCAGUUUCUUAAAGGAUUUUGUCACAUUCUUUGCAGAGAGUCUAAUAAACUGUGUUCCCGUUUGCUUGAUUCGAUUCUGUUUUCUUCUCUGGCUUGAGUGUAUGUAUGUUGAAGAAUGAAGAGACACAAUGAAUAGGCUUGCACUGCAACAUAAGCUCACACUUAUACUUCUAACC